AGCAACAUCUCGCUGAGGUCAUAGAUACACGACACGCUUACACGACCCGGGAAAUACUCACACAGUAGCAAAUACUAUUGAUUGUUGGCUCAUUUUGCAAGUUAACAGUUGCUAUAUAUAUAUAUAUUUAUAUAUAUUUAUGAUUAUUUAUUUGGUGAGAAAGUCAGUGGCCAAUGAGGUGAGCAUUAGCCAAACAUGGCUGCGUCUCAGGGACUCUCUUUGGCCGCGUUUGGUGUGACUUCUGAGGACAAAUCCACUUCUGAGGACAAGUCCACUUCUGAGGACAAGUCCGGCGGUGAGCAGCCGGUGAAGAAGAAGCCGUGUCGCGCGUGUACGGACUUUAAAUCGUGGAUGAAGACACAGAAGCGCCAGACGACGUCUGCUGUGGAGGAGUCCAAAGCUGAGCAGGAGCCUCAAGAUCCUCAAUGCCCACUUGACCGGGAGGAGCUGGGUCGCAACACCUGGUCCUUUCUGCACACCAUGGCGGCAUAUUACCCGGAGACACCUUCUCCCAGCCAGCAGCAAGACAUGGGACACUUCUUUCACCUCUUCUCCAAGUUCUUCCCCUGUGACGAAUGUGCAGGGGACCUCAGGGACAGACUAAGAAGCAAUCAGCCGGACACCCGCAGCCGUCACGCCUUGUCUCAGUGGUUGUGUCGACUCCACAACAAUGUCAACGUGCGUCUGGGGAAGCCGGAGUUUGAUUGCUCCCGAGUGGACGAGAGAUGGAAGGACGGAUGGAAAGACGGUUCCUGUGACUGAGACAAAUCCUCCCAGAACUUUCCGAGUGUGGAAGCGUUCCGCUUCUGCGCACGUGGAAGGAAAUUAUUUCAUUCCGAAUGGAGUUGCUGUCAACAGAAUGGAGAAAGGUCCCUUUACGACCGACACUAAUGCUAAGAUGCAGUAGUACCUCGGCUUAUGAGGCUCGUUCUCCUCUCACUAAAUAUUCUUAUUUCAAAUCAAUAUUACCUAGGGGUGUAACGGUGCACAAACAUUUCGGUUCAGUACGUACCUCGGUUUGGAGGUCACGGUUCGGUUCAUUUUCGGUACAGUAAGAAAACAACAAAAUAUACAUUUUUGGGUUAUUUACCAAAUUUGCAAAAUCUUCCACCAAAAAUAUUUUUCAAAGUGUAAUAUUUGAUGUGAAGUAAUGUGAACCUUGGAUAGGUCAAUAAUUCAUAAUAACAUUGAUUUUGAUUCAAUAUUAUGUUUUGAGCAAUGACAGUUUGAAAGAAAAAAAAAAACAGCUUUGUUUUAUUAGUCAACAUUGCAACUUUUUCUAAAUGACAUUUCACCUUUAAAGGGGAACAUUAUCACCAGACCUACAGGUAAA